AUUGCUGAGAAUGUGGAUGAGAUCAGAGGGGAGUAUUGGGCAUUUUCUGUGGUGUUUUUCUCUCUCUCUCUCGUUCGCCAGGGGUUUGACCCCUGUGAGGUUCAAAUACAGGGUCAGACUGGGUGCCCUGUCCCCUCACCCAGGGAAGGGGCUGCCAGCUGGGGAGCCUGAUUGUCCAAGGCUAUUUCCACUUUAAGAGGCAGUCCCUGCUGAUACCUGCUGAGAUGGAUGGGUUAAGCUGCUAGGGUUUGGAUGUAGUUGUUGUUAGCUCAGUUUCUGUGUCAGAGAGAGACAGGGGCAGGCAGCAGCAGCCAUGGAUUUCAACGUCAAGAAACUGGCUUCAGACGCUGGGGUUUUCUUCAGUCGAGCCGUUCAGUUCACUGAGGAGAAACUGGGACAGGCAGAGAAGACGGAGCUGGACGCUCACUUUGAGAACCUGCUGGGGCGUGCAGACAGCACCAAGAACUGGACUGAGAAGAUCCUGCGCCAGACCGAGGUCCUGCUUCAACCCAACCCAAGUGCCCGAAUUGAGGAAUUCCUUUAUGAGAAGCUUGACCGUAAGAUUCCCUCCCGGAUCACCAACGGCGAAUUGUUAGGGCAGUACAUGAUCGAAGCUGCCAGUGAAUUCGGUCCGGGCACUCCUUACGGUAGCACCCUGAUCAAGGUGGGUGAGGCCCAGAGACACCUGGGAGCUGCUGACCGGGAUUUCAUCCAGUCUUCCAUGAUCAACUUCCUCACCCCCCUACGGAACUUUCUGGAAGGAGAUUGGAAGACCAUCUCGAAGGAGAGGCGACUCCUGGAAAACAGACGCCUGGACCUGGACGCGUGUAAGGCCCGGUUAAAGAAGGCGAAGGCAGCUGAGGCGAAGGCAGCAGCGACACCUGAUUUUCAGGAGACUAGGCCUCGCAAUUAUGUGCUGUCGGCCAGUGCAUCUGCGCUCUGGAGUGAUGAGGUGACAAAGGCGGAACAGGAAUUGCGACUGGCUCAGGCAGGGUUUGACCAUCAGGCGGAGGUUACCAGGUUACUGCUGGAGGGUAUCAGCAGCACUCACACUAAUCACCUCCGCUGCCUGCAUGAGUUUGUAGAGGCACAGGGCACCUACUAUGCCCAAUGUUACCAGUAUACCCUGGACCUGCAGAAACUCUUGAGCAGGUUUCCUGGGACGUUUGUGGGGAACACUGACAAACCAGUUCCGCCCCACGGGGCCUCCCCAUCUGCUGCCACCAUCCCAGUUGUUCCAUCGUUAGCGGGGCCGUGUAACCCCACACAGUCCUCGGUGGGUUUUCCGGAGGUUAGCCCCCCAUCCAGUGGGACGAGGAGGGCCCGGGUGCUCUAUGAUUACGACGCAGCCGACUCCAGUGAGCUCCAACUACUGGCCGAUGAGCUCAUCACGGUGUACAGUCUACCAGGAAUGGAUUCUGAUUGGCUGAUGGGUGAAAAGGGAACGAAGAAAGGGAAGGUUCCAGUCACUUACCUGGAGCUGCUGAAUUAGGGAUCCCAUCAGGACUUUCCAUUGGAGGAUUGACCCUUGCAAAAAGACCACAUUAACAUUUCCCAGUCGUGUUCUGUUGAUUCCUAAUAUCAUGACCAACAUUUUUUUUUAUUUGUUGACUUUGAUUGCAGCAGGAAGCUUUAAAAGAAAUUGCAAAGGUUACUUUUAAAUUGUUUCAUUUCCAGGAAUUUAAACGCAUCACUGAUCGUGUAUUUAACAUGUUAAGUUGUGAUGAAACAGUUUGGACCACGCGCUUAGCAAAACCUGAUAUAACUUAAAACCAAAUGGGCACAUUCCCUGGGGACAGGCUGUGAGGGAUACUGCCGAAGUACGGUUAGUUAGAGCGACUUUUGGGUAGUCUGUACACACUGAACACUCUGUCAAGGGAUGACGUAAUCGUGAUAAGUCACAGAAUGUCACACCUCCAUUCAUCCACACGUUCCCCAGUAUGGUUAGAAAUCUGGAGCCAGAGAGAGAGAGAGACCAGGGAAAGGUUCAGUUUGCAGCUAUUAUGGGAUACCUGGAGUCUACUCUGCACAAGUACAUGUCCUUUUCUCUCUGGCAAUGUGUAAUUUUAACUCCUGCAGGUAGAACUCUUCACUGAGACACCAUUGAGUCUUUAUAAGUCCACGUUGCUGUGUGUAAGUCGCAGUGGGAUAGGGCUCCUGCCUGUGGGUCACCUGGAAGGAGAAAUUUGGAACGUUCCAAAAUCGAGGAAGGCAGAUAGCUGCUACUCGCCUCCACACUUCCUUUCUAUUGGCCGGCCCUGCCAUCCUGAAACUGUCUCAGGCACUCACCUCUUGAUGACGAGAGAUUUCAGGCGUUAAUUGUAUUUUCUUAAUUCCAUGCUCACCAAAUUCAGAGUAGGGUCAAAGCCCACUUUACUCUCAAAUUCCCUUUUGUAAUUUUGUUUUAUUUUUGAGCUAAUUGUUUCAUAUUAGAGGUGGGUUGCUUUGUGCAAGUUUAUAGAUUUGAAUGCUUUUGGGAAGGAUACUGGAUAUCUAUCAAGAGUCCUCAUCUCCAGCUCGUUCAAUAAACUGUCCACACUCCCUGUGUAAAUGUAUAGUGCUUGCAAGGUACUGGUUGUAUGUUCAUUCCCUGGUCCGUAUUGUCUGCAUUGACUGUAUGAACUCCUUCAAUUUGAGUGUAUUUGCUGCCUGUUUCAGCUGUUCUAUGCAUAGUGACUGACCUUUAAAGAUUAAUAAAGCAUUGAAUUCACACUGA